AUGAAUUCAAAGCCAUCAGGGGCCCGUAUUCGCAAAGAAGAGUACUUCUUCCGAGUGUUCGUUAAAACGAUGAUUAUAUGUGUGGUACUGUGUAAUCUACACGGUCUCGUGUUCCUACCGGCGAUCCUGAUCAUGCUCGACUCGAUUCGAUGGGCUCUACGGCCAAAAGGAGCUGCAGCUCAGGCUAAAAUCGCACAGCAAAAUGCUUCACGGACGAAGCAAAAGCAGAAUUCCAGGAUCGCGCCAGAGAAGAGCUUUGUAACCGAUCGUCCAGAGGUUUGA